AUGGACACCCUGAGGAACCGGACGGUGGAGGAGCUCCAGGAGCUGCAGGAAAAUGCAGAGGAGAUCGAGCGCCUGGCCCUGGAGUCCCAGGAGGUUCAGGAGCUGCAGCUGGAGAGGGAGAUGGCCCUCGCCUCCAACCGGAGCUUGGCCGAGCAGAACCUGAAGUUCCAGGCGCCGCUGGAGACGGGGCGCACCGACCUCUCUAACAAAUACGAAGAGCUGCAGAAGCUGGCUGAGCGGUGUAAAGAGCAAAAGGCAAAACUGGAGAAAUUUUCAGCAGCCAUGCAUCCUCAGACCUUGCUGGAUCUCCUGCAGGUGGAAAGCCAGAAAAUCGAAGAGGAGUCUGAGAAAAUGGCCGAGAAGUUCCUGGAGGGUGAGGUGCCCCUGGAGACAUUUCUCGAGCAGUUUUCCGUGAUGAGGAACUCCGGGCUAUUCCUGGUCUCCGUCCAGGGGCCCCCCACAGCCCCCAACGUUUCCUGGCUCUCACCCCUCUCCUCCGCCACCCAGACCCGGGUACCCUCCCUACUUCCCCCCCAGCGCAGCGAGACCGCAGUGCCCCUACCCGACCCAGCCGCCUCUCCCUAAUUUCCCAAUCCCCCCACAGCCUCCCUGUCCUCCUGGACCCCCUCCACCCUUUGGAUACCCCCCACCUCCAAACCCUCAGCACCCUGCUUGGCCUGGUUACUAAAUCAGGACUCGCGGGGAGCAUCCUCUGCUGCUCCCUCCUUUUUGUGGACUGAGGAAGAAGAGCAAGCCGAGAGUGUUGCUCUUUGA